GCUACAAGGAGCAGAGAUCACAAAGGAUGCUAAGCGGAUCCUGACACGUGGCUCCGACAUGAGCGUGACGUCAUGGUUCCUAAUCAGCAGCUCGGGCACACGCCACAGGUUGCCCCGGGAGAUGAUCUUCGUGGGUCGGGACGAUUGCGAGCUCAUGCUGCAGUCUCGCAGUGUGGACAAACAGCAUGCUGUGAUCAACUACAACCCAAACACUGAUGAGCACAUGGUGAAGGACCUGGGCAGCUUGAACGGGACAUUUGUGAAUGACCUCAGGAUCCCGGACCAGACAUACAUCACCCUCAAGCUGUCGGACGUUAUUCGAUUUGGUUAUGAUGCACAUGUUUAUAUCCUGGAGAAGAGUCAACACAAAGUCCCAGAGGAAGCUCUGAAACAUGAGAAGUACACCAGCCAGUUGCAGCUCGGUAUAAAAUCCCAGGAAGCCAAGUCGAAGGAAAAACAGCAUCCCCAGAACUUGGAGAGGAGCAAAGAUGUGAUUUCUAAUAUGAAACUGCAGGACAGGGCUGAACGAAGGGCCCAGUCGCUCACAGUUUCCACAGAUUCUCCCAUGUCCAGGCCGACUCCUUUGUAUGGCCAACCAUCCUGGUGGGGGGAAGAUGAGGAUCAAACCAACACAAAGCUGGACAGAGGUGGAAAAGUGCCAGAACAGGAGGCGCCAGAGUCUGCUGAAGAUGCAUCUAAGUUUGAGGUCAACCGUUCUCAGUCAGACAGUCAGGCCAAGUCUGUGUUCUCCUACAGAAGAGAGCCCAGCUACUUUGAAAUCCCAACAAAGGAGCUCCAGCAGGGGCCUACCAAGAAAGAGGAGUCCCAGGUUCAUGAGGUUCCAACAAAGGAUACCACUCAUAGCAUCCCCUCGACCCCCACGUCAUCCGUGGUCCAAAGCCACGCCUCCUUCACCAUUGAAUUUGAUGAAUGCACCCCAGGUAAAAUGAAGAUCAAAGACCAUGUGACCAAGUUUGCGUUCCGCCAGUCACGCAAGCAGCCUGCCACAGAGGUUGCUACCACACCUACAGAGGUGAUGUCAUCGGAAAGCAAAGUAGCUGAUUGGCUGGUCCAAAGCAAUGCAAGUAUGAUGAUGAGGAGGAAAUCACAGGGUGAAAACUUGCAUAACACAAACAGCCUUUCAGCAGAUCUGAAAAUAGCAAAUGCAAACUGCUGUGAGAACAGUUCUCACAGUGAUUCAGGACAACCUGCGGUGAACGGAAAUGACUUCCUCCAAUCAGAACCUCAGGAUGUCGUGCAGGUUUCUUCAGUAACUUUGAGAACUACUUCCCCAAACUUGGAAGAACCUUUGUCUUGCUCUCCAACUGAAUCACGGUCCCUUUCCAGUCACAGCAAGUCUGAGCUUCAACAAACCUUUGUCAUUGAAAUGUUUGAUAAUUCAAGAAAGAGGCACUCCCAGUCCUUCACAAAUCCCACAGCCUCACCUGAACCUGCAGGGCUUCAGCACCAGCAGGAGAAAGCAAACGCGUCAAGUCCAGCUGUAGAAAGACAUGUCCCACCUGCAUCUUCCUCCACCACUCCCUCUACCCAACGAUACACUAUUCCUCUAAAGGACUCCUCUAGUUCGUCAGGGUUUCAAAGAGCUGGUUCUCUUCGAAGGGAAAAGACAGAAGACCGAAUCAGCACCAGCCUUUCUUCCCAUUCUUCAUCUGCAUCUGUAAGACCUUUUAGCAGCGUCGGACGGAAAUCCAAACUUGCAAAAGAAUUUACAGCUGAACGUCUCAAACAGGAGAAGUCCUCUUCCAGCUGGGAGAAAUUUGCUUCCAGCUCCUCUAAAGCAGCUCAAAGGAGGGCAGAUGCAGUUUUCCAGUCUGAUCGGACUUCCACAAGCCCUCCUCCAACUGACGGCCAUCACCGGCAUCAGACUUCCUCUCCAGUCAGCCAGCCUGUUCCUCUGAAUCCCACCACCAUGCCUACUCCGAAUGUGGAAGUCAGAAGCCCCAGGAAUGAAGAGGAGGACAAUCUGAGUGAUGCAGGAACCUACACAAUCGAAGCAGACAUUCAAGAUAAAGAGGUGGAAGAGGCACGAAGCAAGAUUGAUCAGGUGUUUGGUGUUGAUAGUCCAGAACCAAUGAAACCAAGUGAUGCAGAAACAUCAUCUGCAUUUAGGUCUAUUAUUGAUCAGGACAGGGAGGAGUAUAGUCAGAGUAGCAGUGGGGAGGAGAUGCCAGCUCCAGGGCAGGGACAUAGUCAGGUUCAGCCAGCAGCUGCUGGGGUUCAGGGGGCUCCUAAGUGGAUGUCUUGCUGGGCCAGCUUGGCAGACAGUUACACAGAAUCUGGGUCUUCGCCUGGCCUCUUUGACAUGCCUUCGCAGAUGGAACUGGCAGGAGGGGCACGAGGUACCAUCAUCCAUAAGACGGCACGCAGCCAGCACCAAAACAGCUCAGAUGUUGAUGAUUCAAGGGCUCGGCGCAUCCUCCCCCAGGAAGAGAGGAGUGACCUUCCAACUCCCAGUAUUCAUGUUCAUUGUAACCUCAAUUCAACGUUUGACAUGGAGAACAGUAGCUCAGUAGCCCCCAGAUCUCAGGAUGACGUGCAUAGGUUAACGGUGCAGGAUGAUGUAGAGCCUGACAGCCUGAGUGAUGCCAGUAAAUCAGAUGAUGGAUCAAACAUGGAGCACAGCAGGAAGCAGCUAACUGAUGCAGAAGAGAAGCUCAGACUCGCUGUCAAGUCUACAGCUUUCUACAUCAGGUCAGAGGAGUCCAAGCUACACAGUGGCGGCUUAAAAGUGAGCUCUCCCAAUCCUGAGAGAAAACUCUCUAACAAAACUUUUUCAACUGCUACUCUGGCCAAACAAAAAUGUUUUCCGGACUCUGAGACAAUCCGAACUGCUGCUUCACCGCCCGUACUGGGUCACAGGACACAGAGUCCAGAGAGCAAAGAAGCUGCGACAUCGUCAUUAAUCAGACAGGAGAGCUUCACCAAGGACAAGCCUAGCAAUGCCAGACUGCCAAACAUCUCCAGUCUCCCUGUUGAAAGAGAUCCAGAACCUGCGUUAUUCCUGGGGGGCAGCAGUCACGACACUCGUUCUUACCUCAAACAGACAGAGGAUGUUCUGGCUGUUUUGGAGGCCAAACUCCAAGCGGGACAGUCGGAGACCACUCCAUCGCCCAUAUUGGACUCGCUUUCUGGGGACUCUGAUGUGGAUACCUCCAGCACAGUCAGCCAGCAUAGCAAUAAGGUCAAGCCAAAUUCACUGGUGGCACAACCAGCUGCUGUUGGCCUUCACAGUGAAAAGUUUUCUACUAGCAUAACUAGUCAAGACUCAAAUCAGACUGAAAAGCUUCGUUCUUAUGGAGUAAACAGCCGCAACAAGACUGAGGUGGUCAGAAAACCAGUUGGACUGAGACGAAGCAUUGGUAGGUCUGGAUCUACCGACCUGAGCGAUGAUCCUCACAGCUUCCCUUAUUCAGAUCAAGAGAGCAGCAACAACCAAAUGCAAAGAAAGUAUACCGUGCCUCUUCAGAAAGAGGACGGCAAGGCGUCCAAAGCGUCUCAGGUCUUGAGUCGUACCAGCAGCUUGUCAGCCCCAAGACCCACCAGGGCUUCAAUGCUCCGCCGAGCGCGUCUGGGAGAGGCCUCAGACAACGAGGGGACCGAGUCUGACAAGUUGUCCCAAGAAGCAAACAGUGCUCCUGCAAAGCAGCCCCAAGAAGCCAAGAAGCUCUCCAGACUGGACAUGCUGGCCAUGCCUCGUAGGCGAGCAGGCUCGUUCAAUACACCCAGUGAUACAGAGGCUGCUUCCACCUCACAGUGGACAAGCAGGAGCGCAGGAUGUCCCAGCCGCAGCACAGAUUUGAGCGGCAGCUCCAAUCCAAGAGCCUCUGCAGGAGUAAAGCCUGUGGAAAGGCCACAGAAAGCAGCGCUCAGCAAAACGCCCGUUACUCGUUCACGCUCAAACAGCGCCAAAUACGCAAGCAGCACAGCAAGCUCUAGGAGGCGACAGAAAGGCUCUGACUAUACCUCUACCUCAGAUGAGGAGUACGACUCAAAUUGGACCAGUCUUAAAAACAAACGCUCCCAACCUUCCUCAGCUUCUCACAGUCCACGCAGUCAGCCUCGACCCCAGCCAGUGGUCGCCCGUCAUCCCAAAUCGAGCAGUCGAGAUUCUGAAGAGGAGAACCACGAGGGAGAGGCUUUCCACAGCUGGUCUGCACACAGUGCUGAGAUUGCUCGGUUGAGUCAAGACCUGGCCAAAGACCUGGCUAUUCUAGCCAGAGAAAUCCAUGACGUUGCAGGAGACGGUGAUCCACAAACAGCUGGAGAGGAGCCCAGUGCAGCGCUCGCUCCUCAGCAGCGGGUUCCACAGUCUGGACUGAACAGAGGCCAAACCAGUUUUGCAACGAAAAGCGAGUCUGACCAGAGAUCCAACGAUCAUGAGCAAAACUCCAGGCAUCUACCUCCAAACAGUGAUGAGGUCAGUGUGGACAGCUUGUUGCUGAGUCCUGUGUAUCACGUCACAGCGGCCAUCAGAGGAAACACGGAGCAACUCGUUGACAAGAUUAAGCUGCUGUUCCAGGACAGGAUGGAUGUCUGGGAAGAAACUGAGGCCAAGAUUAAGUCUGAUGCUGCUGUGGGCACUUCUCCCAACAAGGAAGUUGCAUCUAUCUUGAAAGAACUUCGAAGUGUUCAGAAACAGCUUGAGGUCGUUAAUGCUGUCCUGGAACCCAGUGGUACGCUGGAAGCCACGAGGGCUUCCUCCUCCUCCUCGUCGUCUGAAGCUCGCUCCUCCAGAGCGCCUUUGUCUCGAGACUGGAGGACGGUCCAUUCUGUUUCCAAGCGUGGCGGCGGGCCGAGGCCCAGCGGGAGCGUCAGGAGAGCUGCCGUGACUCCAGACGACCUCAGAGAGGGAUAUGUAGUCUGAGGUCUGACUCGUACGCCGAUACAGACUACAACCUGGGCUGAACCUGCGCUGCGGCGCCACACAACCAGCUGGUAGACGUCUGAGCAAGUGAAACUAGAUG